AUGGCAGCCCGGACUCAUGGGGUGCGCUUGUGGACCACGCGCUGUUGGGGACAAUAUGUGCUUGUAAACAGGAAAGUGACCUGUGAAGAACCCAACAGUAGACUGCACACCUUCAUCGGCACCCUGGAAUGGCGUGAUGAGACGUACCCUCUGGACAGCGAGCAGAUAUUGUUACGCGGCUGCAGGAUCCGGAAUACGGAGACCUGCUACGGCCUUGUCAUCUAUGCAGGUUUCGAUUCCAAAAUAAUGAAAAAUUGUGGGAAGAUCAAACUGAAGAAAACCAAGCUCUGCCGUCUAAUGGACCGUAUUGUACUGCUGAUCUCCCUGGCGCUCAUCCUGACUUCGUUGGGCCUGGCGGUGGGUUCUGGGAUCUCAGUGGCCAAGUUCUGCCGGGAGCACAGCUAUCUCUCUGUCUUCUACGCCAACACCAGUCCUGCCAAGCAGGCCUUCUACACCUUCUGGGGCUUCGUCAUCCUCCUGAGUUUUGUUCUGCCAAUGGCUAUGCUCAUCACGUUUGAGUUCAUCUACUUGGUCAACAGCUGUUUCAUUGACUGGGAUUUAAAAAUGUAUUAUGCACCCAAAGACACUCCGGCCAAGGCGAGGAGCACCAGUCUGAAUGACCAGCUGGGACAGAUUGAAUACAUUUUCUCGGACAAGACGGGCACCUUGACCCAAAACAUCAUGACUUUCAAGAAAUGUUGCAUUGAUGGGAAGAAAUACGGUUCGAACAGGAGCAGCCAUGGCAACUCAUUGGAAUCCCUCUUCAGUUGGAACAAACAUUGGGACAGGAAGCUGGAAUUUUACGACCCUUUGCUGAUGAAUGCCAUCCAGCAAGACAACAGCCCCGUCCUGAGGGAAUUCUUGCGUUUGCUGGCCCUCUGCCACACUGUCAUGGUGGAAGAGAAAGAAAAUCAGCUAAUUUACCAAGCGGCUUCGCCAGAUGAAGAAGCUCUCGUGACGGCGGCCAGGAACUUGGGAUAUGUCUUUCUCUCCCGAACCCAGGACACUAUCACCAUCAGUGAGCUGGGCAAGGAGAGAACCUAUAAAGUGCUAGCGCUUCUGGAUUUCAACAGCGUGCGCAAACGAAUGUCAGUUCUGGUCCGAGAUCCCGAGGGAUCUAUCAAGCUCUACACCAAAGGGGCAGACACCGUGAUCUUGGAGAGGCUUCGCAGCGACUGUUCUCCUGAAGACUACACCGUCAAGGCUCUGAAUAUAUCCGUGACUUCCUAUGGACUAGGACAGUGA